AUGUUGACCCCAGCUAUUGUUGCUUUCUUCAAAUACAAAGUCGUCGGCAGCAUUAUUGUGCUAGCAUGUCUGCCGCCAGCUGAACGUGUGAAACUUCAUCGCGAGUUAUCUCACCAUGGAAUGUUGGCAACAAUCACAUGUGACCAGUCUUACCUUGCGAAUAUUCAGCAAAAGAUCCAGGGAGUCCUUUAUAUAAAUCACUAUGGGGAUAAAUUGUUAAGCCAGGUAGACAGGGACUAUUUUUCAAUACAAUACAAAUGGUUAAUAGUGGGUGAAGAAAACGUGGAUUUGCACAAUAUCAGAUACGACGCAGACGUCACAUAUGUCAACAGAAAACUCCAAAUAUCGCGUCUAAACAAAAGUGAAAUUAGUCAACACGAAGUAAUCCAUUUCCAAGACGUGUACGCACAUCCGGAUGACGGAGUAUCCAUUCAUUCCUGGGCUUACUGGAUGGAAAAUAAAUUUGUAUUAACACAUGAUCGAGCAAGAACUCUGCGAAGACUCGAUCUGAAAGGUCAUCCAUUGAGGAUUGCUACUCCGACUGGCCUCUAUACCGAAGAGACUUACAACGGAACGUUUUCUGAAUAUCUUGCCGAUGAAAAGUUAUUACGAAUGGACUCCGGGAUACGGAGUGCGCAUGAGAGCUCGUGGCUUAUUAUUGACAGAUUGAAUGCUACCUAUGUUCUACUUCCCACUUUAUUAUGGAGUACAGAAUUCCAUAAUAACAGUAUGUUUGUGAAACUCCAAAAUGGUGAUGCUGAGUUGUCUGGUGCGAUUCUCAGGGUUUUAUUAAGUCGUAUUAAUCGACUCGAUUAUAUACAACCGAUAUGGCCAUUCCAUGUUGGCUUCUCGUAUCUAGCCGAACGGGAGAGUAGUAGCAACAUGUUUGUGGAGCCUUUCGCAGUGAGCGUGUGGUGGGCAUGUCUAGGAAUGGGGUUCAUAUUGGUUCUCGCACAAAAAGUAACGUCCAGGACACGCAUGGAGAAAGAUGGGGCUUUCUUCACGGUCUUAGCAACAUGUCUUCAGCAGGAUGCGAGCGCAGUACCCGAAGGUCUAUCAGGCCGGUGGACGUUCAUAGUGCUAUCGGUAUCUUCAAUGUUGGUGCACGCUUACUACACUUCGGCUAUAGUGUCUUCGCUCAUGAGUACCGGGAGAAGCGGUCCGGAGACCCUGAGAGAUCUCGCUGACUCGAGAUAUGCUAUAGCGUCCGAGGAUUAUGAUUAUAUGCGAUAUUUGUUUUUUGAUGUAAAAACGAAUUGGGAUGACCUGGAAUAUUUAAAAAAAAGGAAAAUGACUUCGAAGUUAUACCAAACCACCGAGUUUGGUGUAAAACUCGUUCAGCGAGGCGAUACUGCUUUCCAUGGCGAGUUUAAUCAAAUAUAUCCCUACUUCGGGACCUUUACUGACGACCAAAUUUGCAAGUUACAGUAUUUGGAUACAUUGCCUGAGUCAAUGACCUGGGUAACAACAAAACUACGAGGGCAGUGGACAAAUGUGUUCAGAUCAGCAGGGUACUGGAUUCAAGAAGUAGGAUUGAGUAAACGCCUGGUCUCUCGCCUCAAAGCGCCUCGACCCUCGUGCAGAGCUGCUUUGCUAGCUGAAAGAGUGAAGUUUGGAGACGUGGCGCUCUUGAUGAUGCUUACUGUGUUUGGAGCUGUAUUGUCUUUGAUUUUACUGGGAUUAGAAAUACUUUUCGCUAAAUGGAGGAAGAGAAACACUCCAUUAGUCAGAGAAGGAUCAUCACUUAGUAUAGAUAGCGUUGAAUAGUAAGUUACCAACACAAGGAUAGAGACGUUUUGUUAACGUAUAGAGGAUAAAAAUGCUGACGUAAUUAGUCAUAUAACUAUCAAACAUAGUAAGCUUUUAAGAAAUUAAUUUUGUAAUAAAUUAUAACACGAAAUCUUAGAGGAUCACAAAACAGAUGAACUACACUUUAUAUAGUUUUCAUAUCUGAAAAGGAUAUUGAAUGUUUUAAAUAUACACGUUGUAGUAAUUUAGCACAAGAAACAUAUUAUAACAAGUGUUAAUUCUUGUACCAGAAGGCAAAGCAUCUAUAGAAUGAAAACACGUCAUUGUACAUACAGCAAAUGAAUACGAAUGUUUUAAAAACAUACGUGAAAGAAAACGCUAAUAACGCGAUUUCUUCCAGACAACCUGCAGUUAUAGUGAAAGACUAAUACCUGAAGAAGGGGGUGUAUAUUGAAAUUUUUCAAAUAUAAAUCUUUAUGU